AUUAUGGAAUGACCCAUUGUUGAAAUGCAGUUUCAACAGAGCCACAGCACAUCACUGAACGGGUCCGGUGAGGUUGUGGGCCCCCCUCCACCGCUGCUCCUGGACGAUGGCCCAGUCUACGCCGUACAUGAGAUCCUGAACUCUCAACAUCAAAUAGGUCAUCUCGAGUACCUCAUCGACUGGGAGGGGUACGGCCCAGAAGAAAGAUCAUGGGUGGCUCAGGAUGACAUCCUGGACCCGGCCCUGUUAACCAGCUUCCACGCAGACCAUCCCCAGCGUCCUGCUCUGCAUGGACGGGGCCGGCCUCGACAUCGGGAGUUCCGGGCCUCUGGAGCGGCCCGUGGAGAGGGGGGUAAUGUCACAUCCACACCGGACUCCCCCUCUCUCUCCACACUCCGUUCUCUCUCCCCGGACUACUAA